GAAGCGGGAAAGGAGCGCGGGGAGCCGCGGGGCUGGGACCGGCCCAAGGGCGCCCUCGCCGCAGAGCCGGGUGUGGGGGCCGAGGCGGAGCCGGCGGGCCGCAAGCCGGGAGAAGUUUGGCUGCGGAGGGGCUGGCGUCCCCGGGUCGCCUGGCGGCGGUGCGGGGUUUGGGGCCAUGGGGCUGGGCGCGGGGGCGGCGCGGCGCGCACUGAGUCCUCCGGGCGGCGUGGUCGCCGCGGCACAAAGUUAGCCUGGCGCCCCGGGGCCAACGCCGCAGCCGCUGGCUGUCCCCGGAUCGCGCUUCGGCAUGGGCGAGCACCCCAGCCCGGGCCCCGCAGUGGCCGCCUGCGCCGAGGCGGAGCGCAUCGAGGAGCUGGGACCCGAGGCCGACGAGCAGCCCGCGGCGGCGCCCGAGGACCACUGGAAAGUCCUGUUUGAUCAGUGUGACCCCGGGAACACAGGCUACAUCAGCACAGGCAAAUUUCGCAGCCUCCUGGAGAGCCACAGCUCCAAGCUGGACCCGCACAAGAGGGAGGUGCUCCUGGCUCUGGCCGACAGCCAUGCGGAUGGGCAGAUCUGCUACCAGGAUUUUGUCAACCUGAUGAGCAACAAGCGGUCCAACAGCUUCCGCCAGGCCAUCCUGCAGGGGAACCGCAGGCUCUGUAGUAAGGCGCUGCUGGAGGAGAAAGGGCUGAACCUCUCCCAGCGACUGAUCCGCCACGUGGCCUACGAGACCCUGCCCCGGGAGAUUGACCGGAAGUGGUACUACGACAGUUACACCUGCUGCCCCCCGCCCUGGUUCAUGAUCACGGUCACGCUGCUGGAGGUUGCCUUUUUCCUCUACAAUGGAGUGUCGCUGGAUCAGUUCGUGCUGCAGGUAACCCAUCCACGUUACCUGCAGAACGCGCUGGUUUACCACCCACAGCUCCGAGCACAGGCUUGGCGCUACUUGACGUACAUCUUCAUGCACGCGGGGGUAGAACACCUGGGACUCAACGUGGCGCUGCAGCUCCUGGUGGGGGUGCCCUUGGAGAUGGUGCAUGGAGCGACCCGCAUUGGACUUGUCUACGUGGCCGGUGUUGUGGCAGGAUCCUUGGCGGUGUCCGUGGCUGACAUGACCGCGCCGGUCGUGGGCUCCUCUGGAGGGGUGUAUGCGCUCGUCUCUGCCCACCUGGCCAACAUCGUGAUGAACUGGUCAGGCAUGAAGUGCCAAUUCAAGCUGCUGCGGAUGGCUGUGGCCUUGAUCUGUAUGAGCAUGGAGUUCGGGCGGGCCGUGUGGCUCCGGUUCCACCCAUCGGCCUAUCCGCCGUGCCCGCACCCGAGCUUCGUGGCGCACUUGGGUGGCGUGGCUGUAGGCAUCACCCUGGGCGUGGUGGUCCUGAGGAACUAUGAGCAGAGGCUGCAGGACCAGUCGCUGUGGUGGAUUUUCGUGGCCAUGUACAGCGUAUUUGUGCUGUUUGCUAUCUUCUGGAAUAUCUUUGCCUACAGCCUGCUGGACUUAAAGCUGCCGCCGCCCCCCUGAAGGGCUGGAGGACCAAGGGCCAGGGCGGGAGGGCGGAGCAGCAUCAGAAAGGAGCAUCUGUAUUCUUUCUUCUCAUCACCAGCUCAGUGAGGCUGGGGAGGAGAGGCUGAGAGGCGCUGGGCCACGGUCAUCUUUGUGUUCAGACUUGGACAGACUGUGGAGGCUUUUGUCUGAAGGCCACCUGCUGGAGGAGUUGGACAUGGCUACUGUUGUUUUUCUAGACUCUUCUGAAGACGUCAGGCCAGUAAAGGCCUGGGUGGGGUGGGGUGGCCGUUCUCUCUAGCUGGGCUUGUCCCAUGUGUUCAGGGGCCCCCUCCCUUGUCACAGAUGGGGCGGCAGCCUCAUCCUCCACCUCGAGAGACCAUAAGAGUAUAAGGAAGGCCUGAGGGGAUGGUAGCCAGGCAGGCCCUUGUCCAGCCCGAGAUGAUGGCAGGCCAGGAAAUGUUCCCUCUACAGCUGUUGGCUCAGGAGCUCUGGACUGGAAGAGGCCCUAUUGGCUUUGUCCCAGGGGAGCCCAGAGCGCUGUCUCUAGUGCCUGUCAGUGGGUACUGGGGCAUGGCCUCUAGUGCCUGGGUGGGCAGAAGAAGGAGAUUCUGGAAGUUCGGGCACUGCCCUUCCCCUGGGGUACCCGGGGUACCCAGCAAAUGAACCCCAGCAAGAGGGAGUUCAUCCUAAGCUCCACCUUGGAGAAGGCCCUGCUCCUGACUUCUCCCCUCCUCUGCCCCGGGAUGUUGACAUCUCACUCCUGCACCCCCGCAUCCCAAGCCCGGCAUUGUUGUUAGAGUCCUUUCCUCCCCUCCCAUUGUGCCCGUCCUUUGGCUGUGAGACAGCGUUCUGAUGUGUGUGCAUGUGGUUCGGUGGGUGAAGAAGCAGGGGUGAUGGGAACGACGAUGU